AUGCCCUGGGACCCUGCCAGUCACAGCAACCUGGGGUACAACAUUGCCCUGGUCAAACUGGCUAACCCCGUCUCCCUCACCGACAAGAUCCAGCUGGCCUGCCUCCCUCCUUCCAGCACCAUUCUAGCCAACAAGUACCCCCGCUACGUCACGGGCUGGGGAAGGCUGCAGACCAACGGGACUCUUCCUGAUGUCCUGCAGCAGUGCCGGGUGCUGGUUGUGGACUGUGCCAAUUGCUCCAGCUCUGGCUGGUGGGGCAGGACCAUGAAAACCAGUAUGAUCUGUGCUGAGGGUGAUGGCGUGACCUCCAGCUACAACGGAGACUCUGGCGGGCCGCUGAACUGUCAGGCAGCUGACGGCCGGUGGGAGGUGCAUGGCGUCAGCAGCUUCACCUACAACUACUGCCACAAGCUCUCCGUCUUCACACGGGUCUCCAGUUACAUCGACUGGAUCAAUUCGGUGAUUGCAAAUAACUAACCAAAAGAAGUCCCCGGGACUGUUUCAUACUUGGAAACGUCACAGAAGGAAAUUAAUAUUAUAAUAAAGUGACAACUAUGCAAAUCA